CAUUUGUAGUUCCACAUUUUCUUUUUCUCUCUCUUCUAAACACUGUGUGUGUGUGAUUAGGGUUUCCAGAAGCGCCGUUUUUGGUCGUCUGUUUCUUCGUUUACCACUCUUCGUCUCUCUCUCUGUUAACCAAAAGGUUUUUGCCAAGAAAUUAUGGCGAUGGAAGUUACUCAAAUUCUGUUGAAUGCGCAAUCAGUUGAUGGGUCUCUUAGAAAGCAUGCUGAAGAAAGUUUAAAGCAUUUUCAGGAGGCAAACCUAGCAGGUUUUCUGUUAUCUCUUUCUGGAGAACUUGCUAGUGAGGAGAAGCCUGUUGACAGUCGUAAAUUGGCUGGUUUAGUUCUUAAGAAUGCAUUGGAUGCAAAAGAGCAACAUAGAAAGUUUGAGCUAGUUCAAAAGUGGUUAUCGCUAGAUGUAGGUGUUAAGGCACAGAUUAAGGCGUGCUUGUUACAGACGUUAUCUUCUCCAGUCUAUGAGGCACGGUCGACUGCAUCACAAGUGAUAGCUAAAGUUGCUGGUAUAGAGCUACCACAGAAACAAUGGCCCGAGCUUAUAGUCUCACUUUUAUCGAAUAUCCACCAGGUUGCGGUUCAUGUCAAGCAAGCCACUUUAGAGACCCUUGGAUAUAUGUGUGAAGAAGUUUCUCCAGAUGUUGUAGAACAAGAUCAUGUGAAUAAAAUACUUACGGCUGUAGUUCAAGGUAUGAGUCCAACUGAAAGUAGUAAUGAUGUCAGGCUUGCUGCUACACGGGCAUUGUAUAACGCCCUUAGUUUUGCUCAUGCGAAUUUCUCUAAUGAUAUGGAGCGAGAUUACAUUAUGAAGGUUGUUUGUGAGGCGACGUUGUCACCAGAAGUGAAAAUUAGACAGGCGGCUUUUGAGUGUUUGGUGUCAAUCUCAUCAAGCUACUACGAGAAAAUAGCUGCAUACAUGCAGGAUAUCUUUAACAUUACAGUCAAGGCAGUGAAAGAAGAUGAAGGGGCCGUUGCUCUACAAGCCAUUGAAUUCUGGAGCUCGAUAUGCGAUGAAGAGAUAGAUAUCUUAGAGGACUAUGGAGGUGAUUUCACUGCUGAUUCAGAGAUUCCUUGCUUUUAUUUUAUCAAGCAGGCUCUGCCUGCUCUUGUACCAAUGCUGCUAGAGACACUUUUGAAGCAAGAGGAAGAUCAAGAUCAAGAUGAAGGUGCUUGGAAUCUUGCUAUGGCUGGUGGUACAUGCCUGGGUUUGGUUGCCCGAACAGUUGGAGAUGAUGUUGUUCCACUCGUGAUGCCAUUUGUUGAAGAAAAUAUUUCAAAACCAGAUUGGAGGCAAAGAGAAGGGGCAACUUAUGCAUUUGGUUCUAUCUUGGAGGGUCCAUCACCUAAUAAGUUAGCUCCACUUGUUAAUGUUGCUCUAAAUUUCAUGCUCACAGCUUUAUCCAAUGAUCCGAAUAGUCAUGUAAAAGACACAACGGCUUGGACCCUUGGAAGAAUAUUUGAGUUUCUCCAUGGUUCAACGAUGGAGAACCCAAUCAUUACCCCAGCCAACUGCCAACAAAUCAUCACAGUUCUUCUUCAGAGCAUGAAGGAUGUUCCAAAUGUUGCUGAGAAAGCAUGUGGUGCCCUUUAUUUUCUUGCCCAAGGUUAUGAGGAUUUUGGUCAAUCAUCCCCUUUGACUCCCUAUUUUCAAGAAAUUGUGCAAUCUCUGUUGACAGUUACUCACCGAGAAGAUGCCGGUGAGUCUCGGUUGAGGACUGCUGCUUAUGAGACAUUAAAUGAGGUUGUUAGGUGCUCAACAGAUGAAACAGCUGCCAUGGUGUUACAGCUUGUUCCCGUGAUCAUGAUGGAACUUCAUAAAACUCUUGAAGAGCGUAACCUUUCUUCUGAUGAAAGGCAGAAACAAAACGAGUUGCAAGGCCUCCUUUGUGGGUGCUUACAGGUUAUCAUUCAAAAGCUAGGCUCAUCGGAACAAACUAAGUAUACCUUCUUACAGUAUGCAGAUCAAAUCAUGAAUCUGUUCCUUAGAGUUUUUGCUUGUCGAAGCGCGACUGUUCAUGAAGAGGCAAUGCUUGCAAUUGGAUCCCUUGCCUAUUCAACCGGCCCAGACUUUACAAAGUAUAUGCCUGAGUUUUACAAGUAUCUUGAAAUGGGCCUACAGAACUUUGAAGAGUACCAAGUUUGUGCUGUGACAGUAGGUGUGGUUGGUGACAUAUGUCGGGCCGUGGAGGACAAGGUGCUGCCAUGGUGUGAUGGAAUCAUGACUCAGCUUCUUAAAGAUUUAUCAAGCAACCAAUUGCACCGAUCAGUUAAACCUCCAAUCUUUUCAUGUUUUGGUGAUAUUGCACUGGCAAUAGGGGAGAACUUUGAGAAAUACUUGAUGUAUGCGAUGCCUAUGCUCCAGAGUGCAGCAGAAUUAUCCUCCCACACGUCAGGUGCUGAUGAUGAAAUGAUAGAAUACACCAAUCUUUUAAGAAAUGGGAUCUUGGAGGCAUAUUCAGGGAUCUUUCAGGGUUUUAAGAACUCCCCUAAAACUCAACUGUUAAUUCCUUACGCCCCACACAUCAUCCAGUUCCUGGAUCUGCUUUAUAUGGAGAAAGACAUGGACGAUGUGGUGAUGAAAACUGCCAUUGGGGUCCUUGGAGAUCUAGCCGAUACUCUGGGAAGCAAUGCCGGGUCAUUGAUUCAGCAAUCUUUAUCAAGUAAAGACUUCUUGAAUGAAUGUUUGUCCUCAGAUGAUCAUUUGAUCAAGGAAUCUGCUGAGUGGGCCAAGUUAGCCAUCAGUCGGGCUAUUUCUGUUUGAGUCUUCUGCCUUUUGGUAAAUACAUAUUUUCCUAUAAAUUACAAGUCCCUGCAUGCAUUCGGGUGAGUCGAGUCGUGGUCGUUGGGUCAGGUCGGUCGGUCGUCAUGCUGGGGAUUUUUGGAGCUCUCUCCUUUUCUCCGUGGCAAAGUGCAAUGAUGGUUUUUGAUGGUUGUGGCACGGAAAUUAUAAGCCAAUGGUCUGAUUCAUAAUCAAAAUUCAUAUGGCUACACCUUUAAAAGACCUCGUUUUGUCGGUUAGUUUUCGAGUCUUGCAUGAGUCUGAGUAACAGUCUUUGUGACAUCUGGGAAUGUAUGACUCAUAAUCCAAAUGUCUACACCUUCAAAAGACCUCAUUUUGUCGGUCAAUUUUCUACUCUUGCAUGAGUCUAAGUAACAGUCUCUGACAGCUGGACUCAGGUCUUUCUUUUGUUCUGCUAUAUACACAAAUCGGUUUAUGGGGCUUGCAUACAUUUUUCUAUUUUAGGAAACCACUACAGUCUGCAUCAUUCAUAAUUUUUUUACCCAUCUUUUUUCGCCUCAUUUAUUUCCCUUUUUUUUAAAGUUUUAAAAUUCUCUCAUUUGGGGGAAACAAUUUUGAGUCAUGCAUCAGUCCAGGUUAUCACUGUAUUGUUUACCGAAGUUGGAAUGCAUCAUCUUGCUUUUCAUUAAAAAUCAAAGCGAAAGUAGUGUUCUGUUACACUAUAUUCAAGUGUUACUCAAGUCAAAAGGUGUUUGGUUCGUUGGUCAGAGUUGAAGUAAAUAUAGUGUUUUAUUGUUCAGCAUCAUGAUACAUUGGGAUGUAGAAAACCUAUUUUGGUGAGAAUGGUGUGUCACAAUUUGUGUUGGAUGGAGAGGCAUCUCAUUUGUAAACUUUGCCUCGACUAUUAUUUUUUUGGCCAUCCUGUGAAUGCAAGAGUUUUAUUGUGUAA